GAAAUUAACAGUUUGUCUGACUCAAGCUCUCGAAGUCCUCUGAUUUGCUGUUAUGCAUGCAUAUCAUGGUAUGUGACAAUGAUUGGCUCUUUGACUGACAUUCAAGAGUCUUGCCAAUAAGGCAAAAUGGCGUGCACACAUGUGGCUGACUGGAAUCAAAAUUGGCCAUGAGAUGGGGGAAAUGUUAUUGCGUUACAUGAGUGAUACUACGGUAGCAUCCAAUGCUAUACACAUGAUGCGUUGUUAGAGGAGGUAGUUCUUCGUUUUAAUCAGUUGUCUGUGACUUCUGUCUAUUUUACAGUUUUGGGGGUGGGGGUAAUAAUGAAGAGAUCUUCCACCAAAACGGACGAAAUCAUGAACGGCGCAGUAUACAUUUCGUUUUUUCCAAGGUCAGCUGGAAUCUGCACUAGAACAGUAGUGCAACUCGCAGUCCAGGAAAUAACAAGACUGUUGGGUCGAGCCUUGAAUUCAAUGUUGAUUACAACGGCCUUCAAAGAGAAGAAAACCAACAGACUGAAGUUAAAGCUUCAAAUCACGGGAGUUGAAUGUAAAGGGGUAGGAAAUGAGUCUGUGCGUCGAACGCUGGCAAGGAAGACUACGCGGCAACCGACAGAACAAAGCCGGAGACACACACCCCCAGCCACAGCGCAGAGCGAGACGUGCACGCAGAUACCCAAAGAUUGAGCAAAAGGGACAUGUGUAGGUCAGCUGAAGAGGGUAAUGGAGCAGGUUUUGGAGUUUGCUGUGUGUGAGUUGACCAAAAUCGUUGAGGCCAGUUUUGACGACCUGCUUCUUGAGAUGACUAAGAAAGAGAGAGAACACAGCACACUGAAGGAGCGGUUACGCAGCCUGGAGCACCAGGAGAACGGCAAGGCUGGAGCAUCCAGGAGGAGGGGGCAGGAAAAAGACACAGCCUCCCCAGGUGGCUCAGAGGAUACGCCGGAUGAGUCCAUAAAUGUCCCCACCAAAAUCAUCCGGGGGCAGAAGGAGCAACUGGAGACAACACAUGAGGGUGACAAGCAGGCUGUUCUGACUGUAGCCCAGGACUGGGUCCCUAUCCUGGACAAGGUGUUCGGUCAGAAGUGGUGCAGUGACCUGUGGCAGAUCCAGGAGUUGUCUUCAGACAAGGGGGGCGAGGAGAGGAGCGGGGGCUGCCCCCUCCCCAGUCUGAAUGCCCUGAUCCGUGACAACCUGGAGCCCUCCCCCACAUGUCCCACACAGGACCCCCAGUGGAUGCCUCUGGAGGACAUGGAGGUCCUCUCCUCCACCUCAGACUCUCAGAAAGACCCUCCACCCUCCAUACGAACCACGGCCACAGCUGGAGAGUCCCUCAGGUCUCCGUCGAUGCUUCACCGGCUCCUCACGCUCCCCGCUCAACUCUUGGAGGAGGAAGACGAGAACACCAUGGAAAUGCUCCCUGCCGUGUCUGAAGCGUCGUCCGACAGAGGGGAGAGUUGGCCGGACACGGAAUCACCCAGCCAGAGUAGCCCAUGUCCGCUGAAGAGGAAGGUUGCCAUCGCACAGGAGGAAGAUGAGGACGAAGAUGACGACGACAAAGGGUUGUCAGCGCUGGACUCAAAGGUUAACACAGAGUCCCUCAAAGGCAGGAAGACCCACAGAUGUAAAGAAUGUGGCAAGAAGUUUAGUCGUGCGCUGCUUCUGAAAACACACCAACAGACACAUGUCGCGGCGACGCCAGCGAUCCGCUGCUCGGAGUGUGGGAAACGCUUCUCCCAGGCAUCCCGGCUUCAAGCGCACCUUCGAAUGCACUCUGGGAAAAAGUCUUGAACAGAAGGGAAUGGGGACAUAUGUAAGCGAAGGAAAGAAUCAGAUCGAAAAUUCGAUCUCUCAGUCCACAUCUCACAAAUAGCCAUAUUCGUAGCAGCUUAGUUGGCGGUGAUCAGGCUCAUGUACUGGAGUUUUUUAGGUACCUACAAGUCAAGCAUUUAAAAGCUACUCAGCCAUCUUAAAAGAAAGGUCGCCUCCAUAGGUUUGGAGAAGCUGACGCCAGAAUAUUCUAAAUUGUUACCUCCAUUUUGAUUUCUUCUUAAAUGUAGUGACAGGGUGAAUACUUAGUAGUCAUUUGGGAUUGGAUCUCGCUGGUAGUUGUUAGUGUGUAUCGUUGGCAUAUAUUCGAUACACGGACUGUCAGUCCCAAGAAGCGAUUAAGUGUGACAUUUUUAAGAGCUCUUUUUUACAUUUUUUAUAUAGACCAUUUUGGAAUAGCUGAUCUCUUCAUGCUUUACUAUUUCACACCGUGGUUAUUUACUACCCUACAGUCCAUCUUAACUACUGUGCAACUUCAAAAUGGGAAAGAAGAAACACAUUACACUGAUUUGCAAGUAUUUGAUCUUUCAACAGCAGAGGUGUGGUCUCAAGUCGAAUGUGAAUCACAAUGUUUUCUCCCAUGCUACAGCAGUGACUGAUUUUCAAAAGGCUUAUGCGCCGGGGGUGUUGGGGGGGAGAGCGAGACAGACUACUGGAGCCGGUGGCAGAGGAAAUGGGUUUUUGUUGUGCUUACCUCUGAAUGUGAAAUCUCUGUACAGAUGGAACAAACCUGGGACUUCUCUCCAUGUUCUUCAUGGAAUUCAACAUUUACAGUCUUCGCUUGACAGUAUUCUUCUUUUCACUCAACAGAAAUACCUCCUGAAAAGUGUUUUGUACAUAAAGAAAUUAUGUCUCCAAAUCAUUUGAUGAAGGGAUUGUCACCUCUGUAUCCCUUGUGUUUAAAGGAAGAUCAGCAGGUUCAGAACACAACUGUGCAAUAUGCUCACGAUUCACGAGACCUAGCGGUUUGUCCCUGUGGUUUUAGUAGGUCCCUGAUCUAUGUGGGACCCGGAGGGAUCCUUGUUGACAUUCCGACAAGAUAAAGCGAUAAGAAACAGGGUCUUGUCCUAGUGCUGACGCUGGAGGCGGGGUUGAAGUGUCACAGGGUGGAGCAGUGACACGUUGACGGUGAACACUUCGAUUGAGGUUUUUGAUUUGAUUAGAGUUUAGUAGGAGUGGAUGUGGAGCGUCUGAUUGGUCUUCAGACAUGUCGCUUCUGCUCAUAUGAGCGUGUGCUUAACUGAACACGGCAUGAAAAUGGAACAUUGCAUGGAGAAGCCGUUGAUGACAAGUGAUUGGUGGAUACUGGGAUGCCGGCACAAAGAUUUGGAGGGUGGGGGUUGUGUAGACUUUCGGAGACUCCCUGGCGUUUGCAGGGCUGUUCUUUGCCUUUCUAAAGAUGGGUUUUGGGAGGCGGACACUCCGCAGGAAGUUGCACUAGUUUGAGAGCCACAUCCUAGAGCAUCUGUAGACUUGCUUGUGGGGACUCUCCAAAUAAAGUGUUACCCCCGCCCAGGUUGCUUAAGUGUCGUAGUGUUUCUCUUUAUUUCAUUGUGCCCUGUCCCUGCAAUAGCUACGCCCGCUACUUCUGGUGACAACAAGUGUGAAAAUUAUAGCAAGCAGUUUACCGUCAAAGCAGUGAUGUUACCAUCAUGGCAAAGCCGAUAACACUUCUUUUUUUUUUUUUUUUCCCAGAUGGUACUUAAAACAACUACAGGUAGCGAAAUCCUUGUGUGCUCUUUAGUCCACUGUAAUUUAUUAGUCUUCCUCAGGGAAGGUUGUUUCUGUGGCUCUGUUUCCAAGACAGCAGGUCACAGGCGGCUUCUACGUGUUCCCCUCUGCUCCAGCAGAGAGGGGGACCCACAGCAACUUCCCAAUCCAUUGGAAAUAUGUCCCAUGUGCAAACUGGCUUCUUGUCUUUGAGUAGUUGUACUUUCGCUGUUUCUGUAUUUGCGCACAGUGCUAGCUUGUCUUAUUCUGCUAAAAUUGUUGACAGUCUGUCUUUGUGUAGGUUAAAUGUGCUAAUUGAGUGUAGAAGCUUUAGGAUGCAUAGUAUUUGCAUUAUAUAAGGACCAUGUUUUCACUUUAUUUCUAUCAUCAGAAACUGAGAUGACAAAAAAAAUGUGGUUCUUUGGUACCGGUCAAACCAUAAUCAGAGUUUACAUGGACAUUUUUUGUGGUUUGGGACAGGUCUCGCAUCUUCCAACUGUAAUUAUUUGAAGAAAUUGCAUGUAAUGUAUUCACAUUUUCAUAAGGUAAAUGUAUGAAAAUAUAUUCAAAUACGUAUAAUAGCUUUCCCUUCUUGACCUGAGAUGUAACCAAUGUGAUGUACCCCAGAGUGGCCACAAACCUUUCAAACGUGGGCACAGGUCUUCUAACCCUUUGAGAAGGGUCUUCAGCUAUGUGAAUCUUUUUUUUUUUUUUUUUUUUUUUAAUGCCCUGCUAGAUGUGCCAUGGAGGAAUUGGAUCAAUCUCAUUGUUUCGGUUUUUGUGUUUGGAGCAGAACCCGGCCCCCUGGCCAUCUCGCAGCCAUACUUCUGUCUUAGCAAAUGCAUUACAGAAACGUCCCAUUAUAAAUGUCAAUCUGUGUCCAUUUGGGACCAUUUGGAAGAUCGAACUAUCGCCAAUGUCACAAGGCGACGCAGAGGGCAACGGAUUGGGAUUUUGGUGCGUAUAGAAAAGGAUUGAGUGCAUUGAGAUCAGCUUUCCGUUGUGAUUUUUCACAUAAGACAAAUAGGCUUGUUUUGUGUUCAACCCAGAUACUGUACUUUUAUUGCCUUUAUGACAUGACAAAGGGGAGUGCCCCCCCCCCCCAGCUAUUUGACCUGCUUGUAUGACAUUAACACUUUUUUAUAUAUAUAUUAUUUGCCCUCCUUCUCUUAAUAUAUUGGGAUUACUUAAUUUAUUUUUUAAAUGAUAUAAAAAAAAAAUACUCUAUAAAAGAUGGAAUAUUAUCAUUCAUAUACAUUUCUUUCACACAGACAAAAUAACCCUACUGGAUCAAAAUGGUGGUAUCAGUGUCCAAAUGCGCCACGUUCAAACCGCGUACCGGUCCGAUUGUUGGGAAUGAAAGCUUUUUAAACAUAAUUUGAACAGACAGUGUCUCCCACACUGGAGGGUAAUUGCAGAAAACAAAAAGCUUUAAGUGGUUGAAACUGUAUGUGCAGCUGGUGUUUGGCCCAUACUUUUUAGCCUAUUAGCUAGAACUGAAAGUACAUGUCAUUCAGCGCUGUGUUGUGAAUCAUAAUUUUAAGGAUGAUUGUUUCUGUGUAGUGUUCUUUAGACAGCGGCUGGUGUCUGGAUUUGAGAUUCACAUUUAAUCAGAUACGGUGAGAUGCGUCAGUGUUUGCAUGCUUUUGUUUGGUCUGAACGCCAUUCAUUGCAACUGUAAACUUUACAUAACAUUUGAAUUAAUUUUUAUUUUUUUAUUUUAUCUUUCCUAGGUUAGGAGAAUGCCAUAGCUUGCCUGCUAAGCAAAAUAAAUACUACAUACUUGCCAAAAUUAUAUCAACUGCUUAAAACAACAGAAGUGUGUUCAAUAGGUGCCACCAUUUGCUUCUGUUUUUACUAAUGAAUUAGCUUCCCAACCGACUUUCUUGAAAUGUCUAAUAUGUUUUCUUCCAAAUACUUGCACUUACACUAUUUUUGUUACCUAAUAGCAGAGGUAUUUAACUCAAAAACUACGAGGUCUGGAGCUUGCUUGUUUUCUGUUCUACCUCAUUAAUUGCACCCACCUGUUGUCCCAGGUCUAAAUAGGUCCCUGAUUAGAUGGUUGCGAUUGAAAAAUGGAGUGGGACUGGCUUCAAGACCCGGAGUUGAAUACUCCUGCUUUAUAAGAAAUAAAUGGAUACUUUUUUAAUAGUCUAAGCAGAGAGAAUCUUAUGCUCUCUCUCCCCUUGUCACGUUGAUGUGCACAUUUGACUAGUACAUUUAAGAUGGACACCUAAUCCAUUUACAAGCAUCAAUGGGAACUGUCGAAAAUAUAUAUUUUUUCCCUGUUAUAGAACCAGAACGGCAUCAGAUGUGGUUUGGACCACAGAUAUCGACUGCCCCGAGUCCACUGUGAGUUUCUGCGAUAAAGAAGAGCCUUAAUCACAAAUUGGAUAUCACGGAAUUGGGGAGAGAAAUGUGGUAAAAGUAUAAAUAAAAUGCAUGACUGUAAAACAA